ACGCUGCGGUUAAGUAGGGUCGGAUUUAACCGUCCCAGGGAAGCGCGCCCGAGCUGGAUCGCGGAGCGGGCUAAGGUAGUGAAUUCCUAAGAAGAAAAUAAUGGAUUGCAUAUUAUUUGUUCUCUAAUUGUUUGAACUCAGAAGUGUGCAGGUUUGUUGCAAAAGCCAAAAGAAGAUGGCAACUCCUUAUGUCCCAGUUCCUAUGCCAAUAGGGAACUCUGCUUCCAGUUUUGCAACCAACAGAAACCAAAGAAGUUCUUCUUUUGGGAGUAUCUCAACAAGCUCAAACUCUUCCAAAGGCCAGUUAGAAGACUCAAAUAUGGGUGCAGAUUCUUCCAUUGAGUAUUCUGCUAGACCAAGAGAAAGUGAAGAACAAAAUCCUGAAACAGUGAAUUUGGAAGAUAGACCUUCUACACCUAUUAUCCUGGGUUAUGAGGUGAUGGAAGAAAGAGCUAAAUUUACUGUAUAUAAAAUACUAGUAAAGAAGAGUCAAGAAGAAAGCUGGGUAGUUUUUAGAAGAUACACUGACUUCUCUAGGCUUAAUGAUAAAUUAAAAGAGAUGUUUCCAGGCUUUCGAUUAGCACUUCCACCAAAACGCUGGUUUAAAGAUAAUUACAAUGCCGACUUUUUAGAAGAUAGACAAUUAGGAUUACAAGCGUUUCUUCAAAAUUUAGUAGCUCACAAGGACAUUGCUAACUGCCUUGCAGUGAGAGAAUUUCUUUGUCUGGAUGAUCCACCAGGUCCAUUUGAUAGCCUAGAAGAAAGCAGGGCUUUCUGUGAAACUUUAGAAGAGACAAACUACCGUUUUCAAAAAGAACUACUUGAAAAACAAAAAGAGUUGGAAUCACUGAAGAAACUGCUCUGUGAGAAGCAACUUCUUAUAGACACGCUAGAAAACAGAAUCAGGAACUUAUGUUUAGAACCUGAAGAAUCACUGCUCGUGUCAGGAACAGAAGGUGGACAGAUCCUAAAGGUGGAGUCCUCUGCACUUGAGGUUGAUCAAGAUGUCUUAGAUGAAGAAUCUAGAGCUGAUAAUAAGCAAUGCUCAAGUUUUAGUGAACCUGAAAAUUCCAUAUCAGACAUAGAAGUGGCAGAAGUGGCAUAUAAUGUGGAAGACGACUAAUGCAUCUCAAGUGGUUCCUUCCAUUUUUACGUUCCUGCAAAUUUAGAAUAGAGUAGCAGAUAUUUAAAAAAAAAAAGAGACUGAAGCAUUUACAGAAAACAGCAAGAUUGCACAUGUAUAAAGUUUACAUAAAGAAAAAUUUAAGUUAUUGGUAUAGGAAAUAUAUUCACUGUU